AUGGGGUACUACGGACCAAGGCUGAAAACCCCGGCUCCGGCCUUUACGUCGCUGGCUGUGGAUGAUCGCCGAGAACUUGUGGAGCUGGUUAUGGAGUCUCUGCAACGUGAGAUUGAAGCUGUGGACUGCUACCAAGGCAGUGUGGUCAUGCACUCGCUGGGUGGAGGUACUGGGUCCGGCUUGGGCUGUCGAGUGCUGGAAAGCAUGAGGGACACCUAUCCGAAGGCUUACAUCGUGACUGCAUCGGUAGCUCCGUCGUGCACACACGGAGACUCGCCUCUCCAGAAUUACAAUGCUGUGUUGACCCUCCGGUGUCUGCAAGAGGUUGCCGAUGCUGUUAUUUACAAGGAUAACGACGACCUGCUACGAACGGCUGCUUAUUGGAAGGCUGUAGUUCAGGAGAAAGUGGGGACUGAUAGUUCGAAUCAGCGGGUAUCACUGGUCGAGAUGAACAGCAUGGCGGCGGCAGAUCUCGCGGGGCUUUUGUUCCCCGUAGCACCGGGCGAUUCUGGUAUGCAUCGGUCGUUUGACUUCGGCAGGUUACUGCAUGAUGUAUGCCCUAUGCCUGCAACGAAGAUGCUUGACGUCCGAUCUGGUGUGUGGAGGGAUCGUGCUGGGUCGGGUAUACGCAGUAAACUGCCCUCCAAGGCAUCAGUGGCGAAAGAUGUCUAUUCAGCGACCUUGUUUCAUGCCCCAGUGGUUCCACAAGCGCGUUCGUUGGCGCUCCGACAUGAGCACGCUGCUGACUUCAACACGUCGCUUGAUAUGCUCGAGAAGCUAGUGCAUCAAACGGUAGCUUCUUUCCCGCGUACUUCUGGCGCAGCUUUGGCAUCGAGUACACUGCUUCGGGGCUUCUAUCCCGCCUCCGGUGAGCUUGAUCGCUUUUCAGAAAAGCUUGGUGCAAUGGUUGCGACUGCGUUCCCCCCUGUGCCUUGGUUAGCGACAACACCACAAGCCACGCUAACGUUUUCUAAGUCUGCACCUUUCUCAUCGCUCCAAGCGAAAGCUUCGGCAACCAUUUGCGUGAAUAACGGUAGCUUCUUGACGAGUACGAAGCGUUUCUUAGAACGAGCUCAGCGUCAAUUCCAAGCUGGUGCUUACGUGCACUGGUACAGACAGCAUGGAAUGGAGGAUGGUGAUUUUGAGGCCGCUUUUGAUCAAUGUACGACGCUCAUAAAUGAAUAUGAAACGUUAUUGCGAUGA